GGAGGAAGGGGGUGAGGAUGAGUGAGGAAGGGAGUAGUCCAGGAGGGAGGGGGAAGAGGAGGUGAAAGUGUGAACAACUCGGCCCCUCCCGUUUCCUCUAGCCGCCCGCCGACCGGACCUCUGAGUCAGAACGGCACCAAGCAGCGGGACGAUCGCUUGAUCUCUGCCCGUCCGGACUCAAAACUCGGCUUCAACUUGCUUUUGGACCGACAUGCUCUCCGCGGGACUGUGCGUGCCUCUGCUGGCCGCGGCGUGCUGUGCGCUGUGGCCGGCCGCGGUCCGGGCAGCGUCCUGCGAGCCGGUUCGGAUCCCACUGUGCCGGUCCAUGCCCUGGAACAUGACCAAGAUGCCGAACCACCUCCACCACAGCACGCAGGACAACGCCGUGCUGGCCAUCGAGCAGUUUGAAGGGCUGCUGGGUACCGGCUGCAGUCCGGACUUGCUCUUCUUCCUGUGCGCCAUGUACGCUCCCAUCUGCACCAUCGACUUCCAGCACGAGCCCAUCAAGCCGUGCAAGGCAGUGUGUGAGCGCGCAAAGCAGGGCUGCGAGCCCGUCAUGAAGCGCUACAACCACAGCUGGCCCGACAGCCUGGCCUGCAGUGAGCUGCCACUCUACGACCGCGGUGUCUGCAUCUCGCCCGAGGCCAUCGUCAAGGCCGAGGGACCAGAUCCAUACUACCAGGACCCGGCCAGGUGUAACCCAGAAUCCAGUCCAGACUUUCCAAUGGACUCCAACAACCUUCACUGCAGAGGACCUGAUCGCUGCAGAUGUAAGACAGUCAAAAUGGGUUUGAAAACCUACCUGAAGAACAACUACAACUAUGUGAUCCGAGCCAGGGUGAGGGAGGUGAGGAAUCGCGGCAUGGAGCCCACAGCGGUGGUGGAGGUGAAGGAGGUGCUCAAGUCUUCCCUGGUCAACAUUCCCAGGGAGACGCUGACUCUGUACUACUCGUCUUCCUGCCUGUGCCCCCCUGUGACGGCCGGGGAGGAGUACCUAAUCAUGGGCUACGAAAACGAAGAGACGUCCAGGUUGCUCCUGAUUGACGGCUCCAUCGCUCAGAAAUGGAAGGACAAGAUGGGCAGGAAGGUCAAGAGGUGGGAUCAGAUUCUGCAAGGAAAAGCCAGAGCAGCUCAUCGCCGAAGUCGCCACUGAGAUGGGAUUGCGUGUGUGUGUGUGUGUGUGUGUGUGUGGGUGUGCGCGCGUGUGUGUGUGUGGGGGUGUGUAGAUAUUGCACUAUGACAAGCUGUUGUAGCUGAAUGUAGUUCAUCUCUUCAUGUCAAACAUUUAUCUUUGCACAAACAUCAUUUAGUGUGCGCUGAGCGUGUCUGUUGUCAGUAAAUGUGCAUGCGUGUGUGUGUGUGUCUCAGUGAGAGUGGACGGAGCUUCUGACCUGAGUGCGUCAUCCAUGCUGACUUUGCAGUUCUCCCACCAUAAAGGGAGGUUUUGUCACUUUUCACAGCAUAAGCAGUCAUCAGUGAGCUGCCCUGAUCCAAAAUACACAAACAGUCUGAUUAAACACUUUCAACAGCAUCAGCCCACAUGAUCUCAAGUGUAAAUAGCAUUAAUCCUUUUGUCUUCAGGAUACAGUUAACAUGUUUUCAUUGGUUAAACCAGGGGUCUACAAACUUUCUCCAGCAAGGGCUGCAUCCAGAAAAACUAAAUGAUGCGUAUUCCACUUGGAUACAUUUUGUACACCAAUCCAAUGUAGGUCAAUAUUUGUAAAGCUACAGCAGCUGAACAAAGCAUCCAUGUCUUAGCUUUGAGUUAUAGGUGACAAAGCAGAUUUGUUUAAGAUAUGUCAUUAAUAAGGAAUUCGUUUUAUAUUUACAAUAUGACAAGGGCCGUAAAAAUGGCCCACAGUUUUGGACACCCCUGGGUUAAACAAACAAAAACUGCUGAUGCUGCUCAUGACUUGGACAACACAGUAAUUCUCUUUAGCAGAUGAUGACAUAAUUUAAAUGUAGAGCUGGGGGGGAGAUACAUAAUAAAAAAGCUUUUUAUAAUGAA